CAGCAUUGUCCUCUAUGCUUUGGUGGCCAGAGCUGGCAGAGCAAUAAUAGUGAACAUGGCCUUUCUGAUGUUGAUGAAAUUGUUUGCAUUGAUACUUGUUUUACUCAGAAGUGCAGAAGUGGGCAUCCAGAUGAUCCAGUAAACCCUACAGCUACAGUCUUUCUUUCACAAGAAGAUAUUUGCGCUAUGGAGCAUGAGUCAAAGUCUUCAACCCAAAGGAAUUAUCUUGGUGAUGGGGAGGAUGAGUUUGAAGAGGGAAUGAGGAUAACAAUGUCAGUGCUGAAGGGUUGUAAUGAGUCCUUUACUGCAGCUGAUGAGAGGUUCCAGAAAGUGAGUCUUAAUCAUUUAUUCUGA